AUGGGCUCGGAGAUCUCGGAACCGACGUCCCCGAAAGUCACGUGCGCCGGGCAGAUCAAGGUCAGGUCCAAGACCAGUGCAUGCAAUAGCUGGCAAUCAGUCAUGGAAGAAGUUGAAAGAAUUCAUAUCAACGGAAAAAAGAAAAAGAGACCCAGUUGGGUUGAAACGCUCGGGUUAAAGAAAGAGAUAAUGCAAUUCUUGACGUGUUUACGAAGCAUAAGAUUUGAUUGUCGGUGCUUUGGGACAUUUCGUAAGUCAGAUAUAACUACUGAGGAUGAAGACGGCGAAGAAGAUGGUGAAUAUCGGGAAAAUCACGUGGGCUUUGAUUGUAGUGAUGGCAAUGAGGCUUCAAGAACUGCCUUCUCCAAAUGGUUCGUGGUUCUACAGGAAAACCAGAAUAAUAUGUUGUGCAAAGAAGAUGAUGAAAAGGAGAUAGAGAGACCAUCUGAUGAUGAAUGUAUUGCUGCUCCUCCACCAAAUGCUUUGUUGCUUAUGCGCUGUAGAUCUGCUCCUGCAAAAGGUUGGUUGGAAGAGAAAGAAGAAGAGAGGCAAGACGAAGACGAAGACGAAGACGAAAAGGGUACAGGAAAAGGAGAGAGAAAAGCAAAGAGUUUAAAGUGUUCAAUAGAGGGAGAAAAGAGAACGAAUAAAGAGAACAUGGUUGUGAUGAAAUACGAUUCUGAUUUCUACCAAAUCUCGUCGUCUGAUGUAGCAAAGGAGACAUGGAUUACCGGUGGAAUGAGAGAUCAGCCAUUUUCAAGGAGUCGAAGUUGGAAAAGAUGA